GUCUGUUAUUCGAUUAAGGAAAGGCACAGAUCACCCUACACCGGUGAAAUAGGUUUCAUCCACGUGUCCCGGAAAUUCUCUGGGCUUUUGGUGACGCUGCAUUAGGCGACAUGGCUUCGCUCAGUUUGUUCACCCUAUAUGUGCUGUCAUUGGUUUUUGGGACCCAGGCUCUGACCCCGUCCCAUCAUCUCACCAUCACCGAUGUGGCUAGACUGCAGGCUGCGUUGAGCCAGCCCUUUACUGAUCUAAAGUCUGCUUAUUAUUCUGUUGUCGGUCUGAACAAGUUGGGCAUCUCUGUUGCUGAUGCAGAUGAGACAUGCAAGUUUAUCAAGUCAAACCUGGAUGCCUCUAGCGUUGAGUCUCUGUUUUACGCCGCCGAGGCCAGCCAAGCUCUCUCUAGAUGUGAGAUUCCAGUGUCAAACGAGACGCGUGAUUUGCUAUUGGCUGCUGUAAGUGAAGACUCCACAGCGUCCCAGAUCCAUCAGUCUGUGAGUGCUCUAAGCUCUCUUGGGCUGCCUCUAGCCUCACAGGAGGUGGUCAGUGCCCUGAAAGCUCGCAUCUCCAAAGAGGACAAUGUCUUAACAAUCAUACUAGCACUGCAGACUGCAUCUCGUCUCUCUCAGCAGGCAGAACUUGGAGAUAUACUGGAAGAGAUAGAGGAUCUGGCUGCGCGUUUGGAUGAUCUGGGUGGCGUGUACCUUCAGUUUGAGGAGGGUCUGGAGGCCACAGCACUGUUUGUGUCUGCUGCUUACGCUCUGUCUGAUCACGUGGACAUGGAGCCCCCGCUGAAAGAGGAUCAGGUAAUCCAGCUGGUGAACUCCAUCUUCAGUAAGAAGUCGUGGGACUCUCUGUCGGAGGCGUUCAGUGUGGCCAGUGCGGCUGCAGCGCUGUCCAACAAUCACUUCCACGUGCCCGUCAUCGUCAGUGCGCAGGGCCCUGCUGCUGUGUCCCACAGCCAGCCCAUUCUGCAGCUUCUGGUGACAGAUGUUCUGUGCCAGCCACUCAGUUCAGCCAGUGUGCUGGUGGACUUGGCCAGUGAUGUGGCCACAAAAUCUGCCAUCCUCAGCCAAGCACCCUUCACCAUCAGAGAUGGUGUUUUUGAGCUGAAUUUCAUGGCAAGCCAACCUGCGAGUGGCUACUACCAGUUCUCUGUUGCCGUUGCCGGCGACAGCCGAUUUGUCGCCAACCAUGUUGAGCUGAAAGUGAAGGUCUCUACCAGGGUCGCCAUCAACAACAUGGACUUGUCUGUGGUGGAUAAAGACCAGAGCAUUGGCCCCAAAACCACCAGAGUGGAAUAUCCAAAAAAAGCCAAGGCGUCUUUUAUGGCUGACAGCCAUCAGAACUUUGCCAUGAUGUUCCAGUUAGUUGACGAGACCACAGGAGUGGAACUCACCCCUCACCAGACAUUUGUGAGAUUGCACAACCAGAAGACAGGACAGGAGGUGGUGUUUGUGGCUGAGCCCGACAGUAAAAACCUGUAUAAGUUUGAGUUGGACACAGCUGAGAGGAAGACAGAGUUUAACUCCAUGUCUGGCACCUAUGCUCUCUACCUGAUUGUGGGAGACGCUACACUGGAAAACCCAAUCUUAUGGAAUGUGGCUGACGUUGUGCUCAAGUUUCUGGAUGAAGAGGCACCUUCAACAAUUCAGGCCAAAACUUUGUAUACACCCAAACCAGAAAUUCAGCACCUGUUCAGAGAGCCAGAGAAGAAGCCUCCCACAGUUGUGUCCAAUGCAUUUACUGCCCUCGUCCUUUCCCCAUUUUUGCUUCUGCUCAUUCUGUGGUUUAAACUGGGAGCCAAUAUCUCAAACUUCACUCUGUCUCCCAGCACUAUUCUCUUCCACAUAGGCCAUGCAGCUAUGCUGGGUCUAAUGUACGUGUACUGGACUCACUUAAACAUGUUCCAGACUUUGAAGUAUCUGGCCAUUAUAGGCAGUCUCACUUUCCUGGCUGGUAACCGCAUGCUGGCACAGAAAGCUGUGAAAAGGAUUGCUGCCGAACAAAGUAGUAGGAUGGCAAAGUAUAGGAGUCUGCGGUAAAUGCCUGUAUGUUAUUAAAAAAGAAAGGCCAGUCUUCAAGGCUAAAACUCGAAGGAAAAUGAUGUUGGAGAAAUCAUCUGAAAAAGACCAAGGAUGCUUCAUAUUCAUGUUUGUCUUUAAGAAAUCUAUGAACAGAAGUGUUGGUGGAGGUUAAAAGAGAAACAACACUACUGGCUAAACUAUCCUGAAUCAGUUCCAAAAAUGCAGAUUUAAGAUAUUCAUUUAGAAACACCAUUUGACUUUUUCACUCUCAUUUAUUUGAAAACUGAAUGCACUGUAAGAUAAAUGUGAUCCAUUGGGAUAUGUGAUGAUUGUUGCUUGUACAGUGAGUUGUGUUUGGUGGUAAACCUAAUGACAGUUUGUGCUGUUCAUCUACGGUUGUGUUUUGGUUUUUGGGAUUCAUUUUGUGGUUUUUGAAUGAAAAUUCCUGUGCUCCCUUUUUUUUUAUCUUUAUUUUUUUUUUAUCAUGACAUCAGAACAAGGAGUUUUCUUUGAGCAUAAUGUGGAAUUAUUCUCCCAGUCAUCACCACAGAUCAGAAUCAUCACAGAUUUUUGUUUUUUGCUUUGUUUUUUUUAAUGAAAAUAAAAUGAUGAAAACACCGGUGAAAUUCACUUUGUGAAUGGUUGAUGCCCUUAUAAUACUAAAUAUAUUAUGCAGUGUAAAUACUCACAUUUUUGGAAUUAAGUGAACAAUUAUUUAACAUUGCUCAAUUCACAGAAAAAAAAAAUUGCAUUCAUUUAUGAGGAAGAUUUUGAAACAAGGGGAACACUUGUGUUAAUCAGCCCUGUGUGAAUGGUUAUCUGCCAAUAAUCGCAAAAUGGUCAAAUAUCAGCCACGUAAUCUAUAACUGCUCUUAUUUUCAUAGCAACCACAUCAAGGAACAAAAUGUAACAGUGAAUAGUGGGCUAAGAUGUUGAUCAUACUAAAAUGUCAGGAUUAAACAGUAUUCACAUGUGAUUGACCCUCCCACCCCCCACACCUUUAGUGUUCUGAGCUUUACAGGAAAUAAAAUUCAAGCUUUACUGAAUGUCCCAUGGAAAUUUAAUGGAGAUUUCUGUGAACAGAGAAUUUUUUUUUUUUUUUUUUUUUUACUUAAAUGCUAGAAUACUGUGUGACUUUGUGAAGCAUUUUUGUCUGCUUUUACACUGUAACUUAAGAAUUGAGGCAAACACUAGUCAAAUGAAAUGAGACAAGCCUCUUUUUAAUGACAACUGAUAACGUUUGUGUAAGUUACAGGUGCUGUAAGCGAUUUUAGUGCUCUGAGGCUUACUUGAGCUGUUUAAUUAGCCAUGCCUCCCAUUCCAAAACCUCGCCCUCCCAACAAUAAUUUUAGACCAAAACCGAGCAAAAGAGCAGCAUUGUUUGUUCCUGUUGCUGUCAAAUUCAACAGUGGCACAAUAGCGCCCUUAACUGACAAACAUUAUGAAUCAUAGCCUCAAUGAUCUGCUUCAAAUACAACACUAUGAGAACGAGCAAAAUAUUGACAGGUGAAAAGCGUCAGUGAACGCGGACACAUUUUUGUUUGCUUUUUACAAAGUCUACAGCUGUCACAGAGACCGGUGAGAAAUCUCAGGACACUUAUUUCAUUAAUAUCUUUAAGGGAGUAGGAACAUUUGCAUACUUUUCCAUGAAAAAUAAAAAAAAUAAAAAUUGCUUGCAGCACCUUUAACAGAACUGUUCCCAAUGUUUCUGCAAAAUGUACUUACUAUGGUACUGUGAACUCUUGCUAUCGCCUCUUCUAUGACCUGUAUCAGUAUGUAAAUUAAUUAACAUGAAUUUAUCUUGGAGCAAA